AUGCUCUCAGCAAUUCCAAUGCAGCAAAUCUCUAUUCCUUGUCAUGACCCUUCUCCACCUAGUAGUCCAGAUUGUGACAACCGCGACAACGACCAUCAACCUAAUCCUCCAUCUCUCCUCGCUGUCCCAGAUAUCGACCGGAACGGUCGUCUUGCAAAUAAGGUCAGCACCUCUUCACCCUCAAAACUUGGCCCCCUUCAUGAUCUCAAACGAUUUCUCAACCACCAUAUCCCUCAUCCUCAUCCUCCUUCUACGUCUUCCAGCGCUUCCCCAUCCUCGAACGCUUCAUCAUCCCAUACACCUUCAGAACUACAAAUACAGCCUGCAGAUCAGCGAAGGGGUGACGAUUUCGAUACAAAUACCGUAAUCCACGCAGUUCCCAUAAUAACAACCCACAAGUCCUCCCCCUUCAGCUUCAUACAUAAGGCCCGCAACCGCGACAAGGACAAAUCUUCCCGUCAAAAAUCCUCUCCUCCCUCAACAUCUCUAUCGUCUAAACGUCCAUCGCCAACUCCUUCAGGAACUCCUUCUGCUGUUCCAAUUAUCUCCCUCUCCGAAGCCACUCACGCUCAUCUAUCGAAAAAGUAUGGCAAGUGGGGCCGUGUACUCGGUACCGGUGCAGGUGGCACCGUUCGCCUCAUUCGUGCACGAACUAAAGCAGGUGGUGCCGUUUAUGCUGUCAAGCAAUUUCGCCCAAGACGUUCCGGCGAAUCCGAGCGUGAGUACGAGAACAAAGUCAGGGCUGAAUUCUGCGUUGGCGCCUGUUUAAAGCACAUCAAUGUUAUCGAAACAGUCGAUAUCGUCUGCGAUCAUGGCCAUUACUAUGAGGUCAUGGAGUACGCUCCCUACGACCUCUUCAGUGUCGUAAUGUCCGGCCGCAUGCUACGCCCAGAAAUAUUCUGCGUUUUUCGUCAGAUCUGCAACGGCGUCGCAUACCUUCACUCUCUAGGCCUAGCACAUAGAGAUCUAAAGCUCGAUAACUGCGUCAUGACACAAGGCGAUGUCGUUAAACUCAUCGAUUUCGGAACCGCCGUCGUCUUUGCUUAUCCUGGAACCGGAACUUCCAACGCCUCGCUACCGGCUACAGUCACAGGAUAUGUCAGUGGCGCCCUCAAUCCCCCUUGCCCUUCGCAACCCCAUCCCAAUGACCCACCAUCCGGUCCGCACUCCCAUGCAAGAUUGAUACCUGCCACGGGUAUAGUUGGUAGCGAUCCGUACCUUGCGCCUGAAGUUCUGGGAGGCGGCUCCUAUGAUCCCCGAAAAACCGAUGUAUGGAGUGUGGGCGUCAUUUUUGUCUGCAUGGUCCUCCGCCGCUUCCCAUGGGCAGUCCCUGAUCGCGAACGCGACAACUCAUUUAAAGCAUUUAUCGAGGCCGAAGCUUCUUGCCCACUGCCGCGCCCUAAAUACAAACGUAAACACGAGCGUUCAAGUGGCGCAAAACCUGUGUCCUCAGGUCCCCCCGCCACAAGCUCCCCAGCGAGUCCUGACUCCAUUCGAGACCCGCGGAGUACGUCCCUGGAUGUCCCGGGUCACGCCGACGGGCUCAAGCCUCUCGACGACAACAAGUCGGUGCUGUCGAAUGCGUCGGUUUACACCGCUACGGCGAGCACCCUCACGUUGUCGUCACCGACUGGCAGUGAUGCAGGGAGCGAGACCUCACCACACCGGCGUGCAAUUGAGCUGGGAUUGCCUGGUCCUGGUAUAAGGACGGCGACAUUGCCUGCGAUGUCAAGUUCGCAGGGUGCGGUCCUCCCUGAGGGUGGGGAAGUAGAUAAGAGCGUGUUGGUGUUUGCGCGUCCUGGAGUUUCGACGGAGAGUUUACCUGCGUUGAGGGCAGACAAUAACCCGGAGGAGAUGAAGGAUGUCAUCAAUAGGCAGGGAAAGACCCCUAAAGAGCGGGAUUUCGCACGGGAGGCUCUGGAGACGAAGGCCAAUGGUGUACAAGCCAAUGGUACAACAGCGCCGUCAAUACGUGAGUCUUCCGUGGCAGCUACCGCAUCAUCAUCAUCGUCAUCUCCGCCUACUGCUCAACCGUCGUCGUCAAAGCGCACGAUAACACCGCCCGGCAAACGACCUCGUACAUCGUCGACGACAUCGCCAAACUCAAUAUUCCGGCUGCUACCGCGCGAAACGCGACCUGCGCUACGACGGAUGCUAUGCGUUGACCCUAAAUUGCGCACGACCAUGGGCGAGCUAUUAUGGGGUCGACGAGACACAGGUGGGAUCAUUGCACUAGCAGAGGGGGAUGAAUGUGGUUGCGAAGAUGGGGAGUACGAAUCUGACACGGAGGAGCAGGGCGAUAAUGAGGAUGAAGAUGAUGCAGAGGAUGACGAGGACGGGGACGAGUGGGUGCGGAGCAUUGAAACGUGCACGGAGAGCGGUGUGCCCAAGCACGUGCAUGUGAGGAUCCAGAACGAGGAGAAGAGUUUCAAGAAGAGGUUUUUCUGAGUUGGGAGGCGGGCUGGCAUUACCCUUGAGGGUGUCGUGCUAGUCUGGCUGUGCGUAUGGAGCUAGCUGUGUUUACCUCGGAUCGACGCCGCUCUGAUGCCAUUCAUGUGCUAUUACCCUCAUUCAUCUUGACGGCACAAUCAUCAUCCACCAUUACCUGAUCAUCCUCUACCUUCACAUUGAUCAUCAUCAACCUUCGCUUCAUCAUCCACCGUUACCCUGAUCAUCCUCUACCUUCACAUCGAUCAUCAACCACCUUUGCCUCGCUCGUUAUGUACUAUAUCCGCAGCCUCACAAUCCUCAUGUCUUGGUUCUAGCGGCACUCUUGCAUCAUUUCACACUCCAGAACCAUGGCGUGCGCCACUAUCAUUCCAU